AUGGGUUGGUUCAACGAGUCCCAGGAGCAGAACUUCCAGGAGUACGACAGCAUCUCCGAGGGCCAGCACCACGAGGCUAGUGUUUCUCACGAGCUCCUUGCUGGCGCUGCCAGCUUCUACGCUGCUCGCAAAUACGAGGAACACGUUUCUCAGAACGGCCAACCCGCCAACCACCAAAUGGCCAAAGAGCUCCUCGCCGGUUUCGCUGGUGCUUUCAUCGACCGUGAGGUUGAGACCAAGGGUCUGGACUUCAUUGACCGCGAGAAGGCCAAGCGCCACGCCACCGAGCACUUCGAGAGCAUCCAGGAGACCGAUGUCGAUGUCCAGUACUAG